AUGGUUGACAAUGCUUCUGCUGGCGAACAUUGCGAAGAUUUUGGUCGUGAAACAUUUGAACUCGGUAAAGAUUUAGAGAGGAUGACCGAGCAGAUGGAGAAUAUUUCAGUGAAUCUAACAUGGAUGGCGUACGACAUGGUGGUAGUGAGGACUGAUCCUCAACUCGCAAAAUCCCUCAAGAGGCUGGAGAACGAAUUCGUCCAGUGUAAAGCUGUUAUCUGCGGCUCUGGAGACAACCUAGUUGAUCAAUCUACAGAUGCAAACCAAAAAACAGCCCAGGAGUGAACGCAGGAUUUAACUGAAUACAUCGAUUUAAUCUGCUAGGACAAUAUCUUAAA